UCGAUCGAGUCUUUUUCUCAUGAAACCACACUCUCUUUCUCUCUUUCUCUCUCCCUCUCAGCCUCCUCUCUCUUUCCUACAUAAAUUAACAUUGCUGUGUUUUCAUCCAAAGUGGAAGCGGUUAAACUAAGUUUAAAGGUACAGCGGUGGAACUCUCAUAUAUAGCUGUCAACUCCACUCUAUGACAUGUUUCUUUCCCCCCAUGACGAUGCCUCCAUUCACCUUCUGCUUCCCUUGAUUUUUAGAUUACAAGUGAACAAGCUGCAGAAUUAGUGCCACAUCAAGGGAAGAGAAGAAAUGGACACGAGAAGGAGGAUGAGAUUAGAGCCUAAGAAAGCUCAGACAGGAGCACAUGAUGAUGAUCAUCAUCAUAGAAGAUGCGGGAAAGUUUGGCACAAGGAAAAGGCAGAGCAAGCAGCAAGGAGAGAAAAUUGGCUUUGCAACAAGACGUAAUGCAAUGACACUGCACCGAUUCCUGAUUUUAAAAUUGAAGCUUUGUACACGAAUCAAGUCUCUGAAUUUGAAUUUUCAGGUGGAGAGGUUGAAGAAGAAGCUUAGGGACGAAGAGAACAUCCACAGGGCAUUGCAGAGAGCUUUCAACAGACCCUUGGGUGCUCUCCCUCGUCUUCCUCCCUAUCUCCCUCCCAAUACCCUGGGACUUCUUGCGGAGGUGGCGGUGCUGGAGGAAGAAAUUGCAAGGCUUGAAGAGCAGGUGAUGCAUUUCAGGCAGGACUUGUAUCAAGAAGCUGUAUAUACAUCAUCCUCCAAGAUGAAAAUGGAUCAUUCAUCUCGUUUAGUUAAAUUGAAGUCUCCUUCCCCAACAAUUACACUUCCCGAGGAUAGGCAAGGAAAAGAGAACCAGUCAUGUAGUAAUUCUCACAAGAACACCAAGCAGUUCAAUUCUAAAACUAAAACAACAAAAACUCCUAUUAAUACACUUCCCCUCCACAACAAACCAUGGCAUCGUCCAAAGAGACAGACUGUGCAGCAAGAACUAAGAGUGAAUGACCAGCCAAUGGCAGAACCAACAAAUCAUGAAGAAAGUCCAAACAUAAUCUCUGAAAAUAUUCUCAAGUGCUUAUCAAGCAUUCUUUUGAGAAUGAGUACUGUCAAGUAUCCGGAUUCUACAGCUGGCAUGUUGCGAGAUCCGAAAUCUCGAAACUGUACUAAAGAAACAUGGUUUCAGGAUCCAUAUGGUACAUGUUUAGAAUUUGGAGAGAUGGAUAUUGGUCCGUACAAGCAAUUCCGUGCAAUUGAAGCUGAAUCCAUCAGUCCAAAACGAACUGCUAAUUCUUUGUUUCUGCAGCAUCGAUUGAAGCUUCUUUUGAGGAAACUUUCCUCUGUCAACUUAGAGAAUCUCAAUCAUCAGGAGAAGCUUGCAUUCUGGAUCAACAUAUAUAACUCUUGUAUGAUGAAUGCAUUCAAUGAGCACGGCUUACCAGAGAGUCCCGAAACAGUUGUUGCAUUGAUGCAAAAGACAACAAUAAAUGUGGGUGGACACUUGCUAAGCGCAACAACGAUAGAGCAUUGCAUUCUAAGGCUUCCUUAUCACUGGAAAUUGCUGAAUUCUAAACAGACAUCAAAGGGAGCGAAGAAUCAUGAAAUGACAGUAAGAAGCAUAUAUGGAUUGGAAUUAUCAGAACCCUUGGUGACAUUUGCUCUCUCAUGUGGAACUUGGUCCUCUCCUGCUGUCAGAGUUUACACAGCAUCACAGGUCGAGAACCAACUCGAAGCAGCGAAAAGAGAAUACUUGCAGGCUGCAGUUGGAAUUUCAACUUCAAAGUUUGCUAUCCCAAAGCUGCUAGAUUGGUACUUACUGGACUUUGCAAAAGACUUGGAAUCUUUGCUGGAUUGGAUAUGCCUCCAAUUACCAAGCGCAAUAGGGAAAGAAGCCAUUAAAUUCCUUGAGAAUAGAAAAACCGAACCCCUCUCACAAUUUGUACAAAUUAUGCCAUAUGAGUUUAGUUUUAGAUACUUGCUAUGCACAUAAUUUUGCUUCUGUUUAUUCUGUAUAUGAUUUGUUUCAUUGAUGCUGGGGAUGCAAUUGCUAUACAGCUCCAGAGCACAUAGAAAGAUUGUAGAUGAGAUCAAUAUUCUCUCCUCCUCCCUUUGAAUAUAUGG